ACCUUUUAUUUUCGCCAAUCGGAUUUGCACCAUACAACAAUUAGUACAAAGCAUACAAUAGCGUUACGUUUCCAGGGCCAUGAAUCCAGAUGACCUCCUAUAAAAGGGCGCUAAACAAAAGGAAUCCAUAUGGUCAAGUCCUUGGAUCCAUUGUCAUCAAUUUUUGGACAACAUUGAAUCUUCCCAGCCGCAACCACGCGCGUAUCAUAUCUUUCUGCCAGGAACUCAUCAAAAGGUCUUGCAUAUCUUUUGAGCUUGGUUCAUACCGAACAUAUUGUUUUCGCCUAAAAAGAUAUAAACGCGUUCGAAGCGAAUUUUUGUAUGCAUAUUAAAAUUUGUAAAAUUAACAAAGUCACAGUUCACAACUGCAGAUAUUCCAACGUAAAACUCAGUUGCUCAUACGCCUGGUUCAAAAAGCGAAGCGCUGGCCAGAAAUCGUGGCUUUGAAGAAGAAUAACUAAUACUAAGAAACAAUUAAAGAAAUACAUUUGCUGCUACUGUUCUCUUGCUAGGGCAUUAACUUGGCACAGGGGAUUGCAGUAGUAAAGGGGACAUGUGAACAAAAAAAGGAAGCUCUAAGUUCGGGUGCAACCGAACAUUUUAUACUCUUACAACUUGCAAUAAUCAAACUCAGGGAAUUCUUAGAACAGAACAACUGAUUUUAUAUACAGUAUGCCAAGAGUGAGUUUAUAUUACGUGUAAAACAAAACAUAGUUUUUCAAUUACAGUAGCAAAAUAUAUUGAUUUUUACUUCAAUUUAAUUUACUUUUUUCAUUUAUAUUACAUAGAGUAUAAAACAAAACAAAUUCAAUUCAUUAAUUUUUGUUAGUGUCAAGAAACUCGUUUCACAAAUGAUGAAACGGGCUGUUAUAUUAAAUAUCGUCACCUAAAAUGCAACAUAACGUAUUGUUACAAAAAGUAGUAUUAAGUUGUAUUCGUAUUGCUAUAUGAAUCCCUUAUUAUGAACAAUAGCUGUAGGUAUAUGGAAUAGCAUUUGUCUUGUUGUAGACAUCUGGCGCCGCACUGUCUGCUUGUCUACUUGAACAAUUGCUGAGUCUGGCGCCGCGGCUGUCUGCUUGCGUCUGGCGCCGUAUAGCAUUAUGUUCUGGUAAUUUCCAGACGCAAUAUUCUAGAAGGACACGUCGGCAUCAGCGAGAAGUGCGUGGCUAUAUAAGCCGUGGCAGCGCCAACGUAAUCAAUCAGUGCUAAGAGUAAACUGCUAUAGUGUAGACGAGUUGUGAAAUAAAGAGUUGUUGAAUUAAAUUAAACAGUGUUGAUUUUAUUUGUCAAUCCAGAGAUACGAACCUAACAAAGUAAACUAGCAAGCAGUAAAUUCGUAACAAUUGGUGUCAGAAGUGGGAUUGUCAAAUAAUCCAAAUUCAAGAUGGUUAAAUUCGGAGAAUUGAGAAUUCAGCAAUUAAAAAAGGAACUGGAGGAGCGUAAUUUGCCGAUAAGCGGGCAAAAGGCGGAUCUGCAGGCACGAUUACGUGAAGCAAUGGAAGCGGAUGGAAUUAAUGUGGACGAGUUCGAAUUUGUUGGGCCAGAAACUUCUACAAAGGUAGAAGAAAAAGUAGAAGAACAACGAACAUCAUCGAGUGUGGACAUGAACAUGCUGUUAGUGGCUAUACAGAAAAUAGCUGAAAAUGCAGUGCAAACAGGAAAUCGUCUGGCACAGCAAAUAGGUGAAAAUGCAGAAAAGGCAGUGCAAACAGAAAAUCGUCUGGCACAGCAAAUGACGCAAAUAGCUGAAAAUACAUCACAGUUAGAGUCUCGCCUUACACAACAAAUAACUGAAAAUAAUACGCAGUUAGAAAAGCGUUUGGUACAACAGAUUACAGAAAGUAAUACACAAGUGCAACAGAAAGUUUCAAAAUUGGAAGACGAAUUAAGCACGUUAAAAAAUGACGAAGAAAAUUUGAAAUCAGAAGUUCUUCAUUUGAGUAAUCGGAUGCGAGAACUGCAACUGCAUGGCCCUGCACUAUCAACAAAUAAUCCAAGAUUGAAGGCACCCACAUUCGAUGGAAGUAUUCCAUUUCAAAUUUUCAAACUUCAGUUUGAAAAGACAGCAAUGGCCAAUAACUGGAAUGCAGCGGACAAAGUAGCGUCCUUGUUUGUAUCAUUGAAAGGACCUGCGGCAGAAAUCCUUCAGACUAUUCCAGACUGUGAACGGGACAACUAUGAGGCAUUGAUGAGUGCGAUAGAAAGACAAUAUGGUAGUGAGCACCGGAAACAAAUAUACCAGAUCGAACUGCAAAAUAGGGGUCAGAAAAUGAACGAGUCAUUGCAAGAGUUCGCAACUGAAAUAGAACGACUGGCUCAUUUGGCAAAUGCAGAUGCACCUAUGGAUUACAUUGAGAGGGUAAAAAUUCAAAGCUUCAUAAAUGGAAUUCGUGAUGUGGACACCAAACGCGCCACAUAUGCAUUGCCAAAAAGAACGUUUGCUGAAACGGUUUCGCACACCCUCACACAGGAAACAGCUUCUCUACUAAGUAAAUCAGCACACAAAGUACAAAGGGUUGAAAUGGAACAACCGGCGCUGAUGGAAGAAAUAUUGAAGACUCUGAAGACAAUUGCUGCACCGCGAGUAAAUACAACAGGAAGAUGUUUCAACUGUGGAAAAGCGGGUCACUUUGCCCGAAAUUGCAAUAUAAAAGUAAAUCCAUCAGAACGGAAACAACCAACAGAUAACGAGGACAGAGCAUCCACAUCUCACAAGUCGUUAAACUAAAACGGAACCGUUCAAAGGGGCGUGAGCUGGUUCCCACAACUAUUUGCCCCGCCAUCUCGAUAUCACAAAUAGGUCGCCAUGACAACAAUCUUACUAUCAACGGCAUCGUAAAUGGACGACUGUCAACGCUUACUUUGGAUACUGGUGCCACACAUUCAAUUAUCCGACCGGAUGUGGAAAGAGGAACGGUUGAACCAUUAGUCGGUUGCAAGCUUCGAACGGCCACCGGAGAGGAAGCAGCUGUCGCGGGAAAAGUGUUUUGCGAAGUGAUGAUUGGUACCCUGGAAGUUAAUCACACCUUCAUCGUAGCAGAAAUCACGGAUGAAAUUAUAAUGGGAGUAGAUUUCAUGAUUGAUCACGGGGUUACUUUGGAUUUAAACAAGCAAAUGCUGUUUUGCCAGAACAUGGAGAUGCCUAUAAACACCGGAUAUGUGACCAACGUUGAAAGUAAGAGGGUGAUUAUUGAUGAUAAUCAGAGUAUUCCACCAAAAUCUGAAGCGAUUGUAUGGGCUAAAGUGAAUGGAGGAGGUGGGACUGAAGAGUUGUGGAUUGUGGAACCAACAAAAAUAGAUACACCCAUAUUGGUAGGAAGAACGCUUGUGAAAACUAGAGAAGACGCCACCAUUCCGGUCAGAGUAGUGAAUAAAUUCAACACGCCUAUAAGUCUGAAGAAAGGAGCAGUAAUUGGGCAGUGCCAGAAUAUAAGUGCAAUAGCACGAUGCGAACGGUCACAACAGAAACAGCAUUGUCAAACAUCGCAUAAAUACCGGAGACGCUAAACCAAUCCGACAAGCUCCGCGUAGGGUUCCACUAGCAAAACGUGAGGAUGCUAACAAAAUUAUUGAAGACAUGCACAAAAACGGUGUAAUCGAACCUUCAAUAAGUCCAUGGAGCUCACCUAUCGUCUUAGUUAAAAAGAAAGAUGGUAGCACCCGUUUCUGCGUAGAUUAUAGGAAGUUGAAUGAUGUCACAAAGAAAGACAGUUAUCCUCUACCGAGAAUCGACGAUACAUUAGACACCUUGUCUGGAGCGAAAUGGUUUUCUACAUUAGAUCUACAAAGUGGAUAU